UGGCGCAAUAAGCACAAAUAGAUACCGCAUUCGUUAAGCCAUUUACAUUCUCACGUCAUCUUUCAUAGGUUAGAAACAAUUCUUCUUUAGUGAUUUAAGAAACGUCAGUAUAAAUUUUUUAUAGUGUUCAUCUUACAACAGAAGAUUCAUCGAUCAAGGUUAUUCGUAAUAAAUUAUUUAAUCAUUAUAGAAAAUGAAAGUCACGAUAAAAAGUUGGACUGGUGUUGCCACCUGGCGUUGGAUAGCGAAUGAUGACAAUUGUGGUAUAUGUAGAAUGCCUUUUGAUGCCAGUUGUCCUGAUUGUAAAAUUCCAGGAGAUGAUUGUCCUUUAGUCUGGGGCCAAUGUUCACAUUGUUUCCACAUACACUGCAUCAUGAAGUGGUUGCAUUCUCAACAAACCAGUCAUCUCUGUCCGAUGUGUCGUCAAGAAUGGAAGUUCAAGGAGUAGCUGGUUUGCCGAUAGUCCCGCAGGUGUCAGCACGCAACGAAUAAUCAGG